AUGUCAGUGAUUUUAUUAAUUAUUUUUUGUUUAAUUGACGUUCUGCAUUGCGAAGAUCGGCAAUCGCGACUCGUACAUCUUUCUCAAGGACCUGUCAGGGGUUACAAAGAUGCCAACGGUGGUUUCUACGCAUUUUAUGGCAUUCCCUACGCAACAACACCACUUGGGAGAGAUAGAUAUAAAGCAGCCCUUCCAGCUCCCGAAUGGUCUGAAGUUUUGGAGGCAGUGGACGAAAAAAUAAUAUGCCCCCAAAAAGAUUUGAUGGGAUACACAAGUCGCAGAAAUCUGGUCAUUAAAGACGACUGUCUUAUUGCUAAUGUAUUUGUUCCUGACGUCGCUGAUCGUAAACUACCGGUCGUAGUCUACGUCCAUGGGGGUGUCUACUUGUUCGGCUACAGCAAUCUUCUAACUCACAAAUCGCUAGUAAGAAGCCAUAAAGUAGUAGUAGUCUCUUUCAACUAUCGGUUAGGAGUCACUGGAUUCCUUUGCUUGGGAACGAAAAACAUUCCCGGGAACGCUGGCAUGAAAGACCAAGUGGUUCUGCUUCGAUGGGUCAAAAAAAACAUAAAGAGUUUCGGAGGAAAUCCUGACGAUAUCACCUUAGCUGGGUACAGCGCUGGUUCCUCAGCUGCUGACUUGCUGAUGCUUUCGCCUUUAACGGAUGGAUUAUUCAGUAAAUUAAUAUUGGAAAGCGGGGUGAGUUUCAGCUCACACGGUUUGCAAAUGGACCCGAUUCGUUACGCUAGGGAAUAUGCGCGAUUGCUGAACAACACGACUACAGAAGACUUCGAUGCAUUGGAAGAGUUUUAUCUGUCAUCUUCGGAAGAAUUUUUAAAUUCGGAACUUACGAUUCUUCGGGAGGAUACUGCAGCGAUUAUGUGCCCGUGUGUGGAACGUCAGGUCAGUGGAGAAGAAGCCUUUCUCAGUGAACACCCAAUUGCUAUUUUGAAAAGAGGCGCGAAAAAACUGCCCACACUCAUUGGAUACGCGGACAAAGAAGGAAUGUGGAGAUUGCCAGUUUUCGAAGAGUGGAGUGUAAAAAUGAAUGAGAAUUUAUCUCAAUUUCUACCAUCCGAUUUACAUUUCAAAAAUGAGGAGGAGAGAAACAUGGUGUUGGAUGAGAUAAGACAAUUUUAUUUCGGCGGCAGUCCUAUUACUAGAAGUAAUAUUAUGGGUUAUAUUGACUUCUUCACGGAUACUCUUUUCAUGUAUUACACAUUACAAUCGGUUUCGAUUCAAGUUAACGCUGGAAACGAAGACAUCUACCUCUAUGCCUAUUCAUUCGUUUAUCCGAACGAACAAAUUAUUCCAUAUGUUAACAUACGAGCUCCUACCCACUGUAUGCAGUCUUAUGCCGUGGCCGAUGGAAACUACACGUACACUGAAGAUGAGGGCAUAACACCGGAACAUAAGGAGAUUAAGAAAUUCUUGAGAGGGUUAUGGUAUAACUUCAUUAAGACGGGGAAACCAAUACCUGACGGAUCUCAUUUACCAAAGUGGCCCCCGGUUGGCAAGAGUCUGUCUCCACACAUGGUCCUGGAUGAACCGUUACAACUUAAGAAGCAUUUGAUGAAAGAACGAUAUGAAUUCUGGAAAGGAAUCUACGACAAAUACUAUCUAGAAGCUAUACCACCUACGAUAACGCAGGGUCAAAAAACAGAACUUUGA